AUGACUGAACAAACAACAAGAGAAGUACCUCUCAGGAUCAUCAACAGAAUUUACCCUGACUUUUGCCUACUGGAGGAGCUUCAAGAGCUCACCCAAGUUCUGACCGAAUCUUAUGGUAGUUCUUGGGUGGAUAAUGAUAAUGAUGAUGACAACAUGUUUUCUAUGGAUGCCUUUGCUCGUUAUCUGGUUGGGAAUAAUGUUAUUGGCAAUAUUGUCAAACUGACGGCAUUGGGCGCAGCCAGUUAUUACACCACCAAAUGGUUGAUGCAUGCCUUUGAUUCAACCAGAAAUCCGGAACCAGAAGACGAACCUCAGAUAGAGGCUAAACCAACGACGAGUCAGAUUGGAGGAAAAACUGUCAGUCUGACAAAAUAUGAAAUGUGCAUCGCUUCACAGUUAGUGGACCCACUCAGCAUGGAGGAGACCUGGAAUGACAUCGCAGGUCUUGACAAUGUCAUCGAGGCCCUAAUAACCAGAGUCAUCCUCCCUAUGAGAAAGAGACACCUGUUUCCAAAAUCCAGGCUGAUGCAGCCUCCUAAAGGUGUCCUUCUUUAUGGACCUCCAGGUUGUGGAAAGACGCUUAUUGCCAAAGCCACAGCCAAAGAAGCCGGAUGCCGCUUUAUCAAUCUCGAGCCAUCCACCCUGACCAACAUGUGGUACGGAGAGUCUGGAAAACUAGCAGCUGCUGUUUUCUCCUUGGCUGUGAAGCUCCAGCCAACCAUCAUUUUCAUCGAUGAAAUCGACUCUUUCCUUCGAAGCCGUUCCACAAGUGACCAUGAAGCGACGGCCAUGAUGAAAGCCCUGUUCCUAAGCCGUUGGGACGGGCUGAAGACAGGCCACAAUUGUCAGGUUAUUAUCAUGGGGGCCACUAACCGACCUCAGGACAUCGAUCCGGCAAUACUGCGGAGGAUGCCAGCCAGAUUCCAUAUUAAGAAACCAUCUACGGCACAGCGUCAAUCAAUUAUCCGUCUCAUCUUGGAAAAUGAAAAUGUGAAUGAAGAUGUAGACCUGGGUGAAAUUGCAGACUCAACCGAUGGGUUCUCAGGAAGCGAUCUGAGGGAAAUAUGCUGCGAUGCCGCUGUGCUUUCACUCAAAGAAUAUGCAGACAGCCAUUCAGAUGAUGACUUUUGUCAGGAUAGUGUAAAAAUAGGACGGCUCCACUUACGUAAGGCAAUAGAAAAGUUCUUUGCUGAACCGAUCAGACGUAUUGAGAAAAGAGGGAUCAUCGUGUCACAGGGUCCUGACGACGGAUCAAGUCACUUUUUGGAACGCAACAUCCACGGACCAUGA